AUGGUUUUUUGGCCAAAAUCCAAGAAACGAAUAAGCAAAGGACUGUUAGCCAUGGACCCUAUGCCAGUGAUCAAGCGCGACAACGCGCCGUCGACGAGCCAAGCGACGGCGAGCGCCGAAAAGCGCUUCCAGAAGGGCGACGCCAACGGCGUCGAUCGCUCCCAGCUCGACGACGACCUGCGGUGUCCCGUUUGCUCCGAGUUCUUCAUCGAAGCGCACACGCUCAACUGCUCGCACACCUUCUGCAAAUACUGCAUCGAUCGAUGGAGGGAAACGAACUUGGAGUGCCCCAUUUGCCGGGCCGAGAUCACCUGCCAAAUUCACACCUUGGCGCUGGACCAGGUGAUCGAGAAGCUACUGAAGAACAGACCUUCGGACCUGCAGGGCCAGAGGAAGGCGAUAAUCAAAGAGAGGGAGAAGGAGUCGAGCGCUAGGGAGCAGAUGGCCCAAAGGCCGGUGCAAGCGUACACGUGCAGCAUCCACAACAACAUGGGCGGCAUAAACAUCUGGGGCUCCAUUUUGGACGUGAUCAACGGGACCGACGACGACGAUUUGGACGACGCCGACGCCGGUUGGAUAUCGUACGACCACGGCGGGAGCAGCACCGACGAGUACGAGGAGUACUGCGUUUAUACCGGUCCGAAUUAUUAUUGA